AUGAAGUCCCUUGCGCCGGAGCUUCGGCGCAUGAUUUACGCCCACUGCGUUAACAUCGGUGCAUACGGACUGCUAUAUGUCAACAAACAGUUCCACCAUGAAUUCAGCCCCUUUGUUAAAACGGACUUUGUCCUUGGCUUUCAUAUCGACCCUUCCUCCUCCACCAAGGUCAAUUUCAUCAAUCCUGACGACUCUACUUGGGGAGGCCGCCGUGCUCUCGACGCCGCAUACCCGCACCUUGACCGCAGUGUUCUUGAUUCGAUGCCCAUAGACCAAUUCAAAGGAAUUCGCAUUCUGGUCGACCCGCCAAACAUGAGUGAUCCAGGCCAAGUGGUUCGAGGCUGGCUACAAUCCAACGCACUAGUUACGGCUCUACUCCCUGACUGGAAGGAGCCAGAGGUAAUCCCUAGAACCGAGGAAGGCUUCAUCAUCCCAGAUACACGAUUGACGACUCGACUCCCACCAAUCACCAUUCAAGUUCGAGACCGCAAGGCGGGAAAAUGGCAUGCUCAAGGGUUCUGGAACAGAAGCCUCCCAGGCUUUUCCCAAGGCCAAGCCUUCUCGGACUUGGAAACUAUCCUGACACCCUUGCAACGCUUUAGAAAUGCUGACGCCAUUGUUCUCGAGCUGCCGUCUGAUGCGCCCGUGGAUGAUCGUUUUGACGACUUCAGAUCUAAUCUCGUGAGCGAUGGAACUCGAAAGAAAUUGUUUGGUCUGGAUAUAUCUCCGGAACUAGUAUGGAAUGAUGAUGAUACCCAGUCAAUCGAGGAUGCUCUACAUGUAUGGCUCGACUAUCUUCUCGACGAUAUGCACGGGCCAUCAGCGGCGGAACUGCGGCGUGACCGAUUCAAAUUCUGGUGUUCCUGGUAUGAACAUCAGUUCGGUCGGCGCUUUCACGGCCGCUAUCAUGGCUCUGGUUAUUUUGGUGGCACUCUUGUGGAGUUAGAAGUCCAUGUUUUGGAUCUCAUCGAGAGAAGCUUUCACGACAGGUUCAUGAGUGCUCGCGAACACGUCCUUGCCGCAUACAGAGACGUAUUAAGAAGGCAUGGACGAUCUGUCUAUGUCUACGCAGACAAAGAAAAGGAAUUUUUCGAGCUUGAUCAGCUGGUCAUCCGCAAUGGUCUGCGGCCGGAAUUGGGCAAUUGUGAGACAUUCUGGGACGUCUCCUAUCCUACCGGGAUCAAACCGAAGUCUCAGAAUGACAGUUGGGAAAAUACCGAACAGAUAGAUCGUCGGUUUCGCCUGGAACCCCCAAACGGACUAGAUGAUCCCACAGCAAGUCGGACGUUCCCAUCGCAACUUGGGGUUUGCCCACAUUGCGAACGUGACCAUGAGAAAUUUGAAGCCGCUGAUUAUGUUCAAGGAUGGAUACGAGAUUAUUUCUUCGAGUCCUCGUCGCGACCUGAGCUUCCUCUGCUGUUGGGACCUAUUGAAGCCACUUAG